AUGCUUUCCAUUGCAUCUGCCGUGGAUUCCGAGACAUAUACCUCGGUCGACGUCUCAACCAUACCCACCACACCGGAUCGAAGUGAAUCGUGUAGUCCAGCAGUGGACGAUAGCACAGACGAGCAGGAUUUCGCCUCGAAUGACACCGGGAUCACUUCUGAAACGGACAGGGACGUGGAGAAUAAUAUCUGCCCGAAGCCUAUCCACAGUAUUUGCUGUGUCGGCGCGGGAUACGUUGGAGGCCCUACAGCUGCCGUCCUUGCGCUCAAGAAUCCAUCUAUCAAAGUGACCGUUGUUGACCGAGACGAUCGACGUAUCCGGAGGUGGAAUUCACGGCAUCUUCCGAUCUACGAACCCGGUCUAGCUGAGGUUGUGCGUAUCGCACGAGACGGUUUGCGGGAAUCCCCCCAGCUCCAGGAAGACGAUGUGCCAGUCGCCCUUUUGCGCCAACCCAAUCUGUUCUUUUCAACAGAUGUUUCUCGGUGUAUCAGUGAGGCAGAUGCUGUUCUGAUUGCUGUCAACACACCGACAAAGAUGCGCGGUACAGGGAAGGGCAGCGCCACUGACAUGACAAGCUUCGAGGCCGUUGCCGCCGAGGUCGUGCGUCAUGCAAGGGAUGCCCUUGGCACCCAGAUUCGUAUCCAAAGACCGGGGGCACAUUUUGAGAUCCUGUCGAAUCCCGAAUUCCUAGCCGCAGGAACUGCUGUGCAAGACCUCCUACAGCCAGACCGUAUUAUCAUUGGCUCUGCGACCACCCCUGAAGGACUUUCUGCAGCCGCCGCCCUUGCAAAGGUCUACGCCUCUUGGAUUGACCGCUCAAGAAUCAUCACGACCAAUGUAUGGUCAUCAGAGCUAGCCAAGCUAGUUGCUAACUCCAUGCUUGCUCAGCGUUUAAGCAGCAUCAACAGUAUUUCAGCCUUAUGCGAAGCCACAGGGGCUGAAAUCAACGAAGUUUCGGCCGCAAUUGGGGCUGACACCCGACUCGGCUCGAAAUUCCUUCGAGCAGGUAUUGGAUUUGGCGGCUCCUGCUUCAAGAAAGAUGUUCUGAGCUUGGUGUACCUGGCCGAGUCUCUCAACCUCCAGGAAGUUGGCGAGUAUUGGCGCCAAGUGGUUGAGAUGAAUGAGUAUCAGCGAAACCGAUUCAGCUCCCGCGUCAUCAAGCGUUUAAACAGUACGCUGGUCACAAAAAAGAUCUGCGUGCUGGGAUAUGCUUUUAAGAAAAACACCUCGGAUACUCGCGAGGCACCGGCACUCGAAAUUAUCAAAACUCUAUUGGAUGAAAAUCCACGCGAAAUUGCAAUCUUCGAUCCCUGCUGUAACCCGGUCGUGAUUGAGAACGAGAUUCGCUCGUUGCAGGAUUAUGGGCCCCCGGUCCUCAGUGAUGAUGGUGGAUCUGUUAAGGUCUACUCCGAUGCCUAUGCAGCCUGUGCUGGCUCGAAUGCCAUUUUACUUGUCACCGAAUUUGAUGAAUUCAUGAACUUCCCCGUUCAUUCUGGCGGAUCCUCUAGCACCACCUCACAAGGGAAGAAGCUCCCUGCCUCUGAUACCAACGAGUCGAUCAAGAGGCGAUUCAACGAUGAGCCAGGGUGUGCUGCCGACUGUCCAGACUGCCAAUCGGGAACUAGUUAUGGAGAUCCCAAUACGGAUACUGCUGAUACUACUCCGAAGAAACAGCUGGAUUGGACGAGGAUCUCGGCUGAAAUGCAAUCCCCCAAGUGGCUCUUCGAUGGCCGAUGCGUCAUUGACGUACCCAAGAUGAAUAAACUUGGAAUUCGGGUUGAGAGCAUUGGAUCUUCUGGGUGGAGUAUCUAA